CGAAUCGCCAGGGAUAUGGACGAAUCUGAAGAAUCGUUAAGAAUCAGACGAAUUUCAGGUUUUCAGGGACGAGAAACGGCGUUCGAGAGCCACCUGUUUUGUCGAGGGUCGAUUUUCGUGCGCAUUUUUUCCUAUUUCACGCCCGCUCUUUCCUUAUCUUCGAAGAUCUCUGUUCUCCGCAAGGACCCAAAUCUUUCGUACUUGUGUGCUCAUUCAUCGUUGUGUAAAUUCGUCGGCGAUACUUCGGUAGUGCGCAAGUUGUCUCCGUCCCAAUUCCUCGAUCGAGAUCGUGUCUGCUGCUGUGUUUCAAGUGGGUACAAUUUUCGACUUGCUGGGUUGUUGAGGAUAUUUCGAAUUCGAGAGAAGGGGGUGUCUACGAUGGCGAUGGCGAUGACUGGCGCUGCCGUGGUCGGAGGAUGUGCGGUGAAAUCCCCAGCUGCGGUGCUGCCGCAGCAGACCACUAUGCAGAGUAGCUUAUGGGGCGAGAAAGCCCCCGUGGGCAAGGCUAUCGCUGCCACCAGUGGUAGGGUUCACAGACCAGUUGUUGAAGCGACUUCCCGUGUGGACAAAUUCUCCAAGAAUGACAUUAUUGUCUCACCCUCAAUUCUGUCCGCCAACUUCUCUAAGUUAGGAGAGCAGAUCACAGCUGUUGAGAAGGCUGGGUGUGAUUGGAUCCACGUUGAUGUCAUGGACGGUCGUUUCGUUCCCAAUAUCACAAUCGGUCCUCUGGUUGUGGACGCCAUUCGCCCUGUCACCGACCUACCUCUUGACGUCCACUUGAUGAUCGUUGAACCGGAACAGCGUGUCCCAGAUUUCAUCAAGGCUGGUGCCGACAUUGUUUCUGUGCAUUGCGAGAACGCCUCCACGAUCCACUUACAUCGUACCAUCAAUCAGAUCAAGAGUUUGGGAGCAAAAGCUGGAGUGGUGCUCAACCCUGGAACAUCUUUGGCUCAAAUUGAAUAUGUUCUGGACUGCGUCGAUUUGAUCUUGAUCAUGUCCGUUAACCCCGGAUUCGGUGGACAGAGUUUCAUUGAAAGUCAAGUCAAGAAGAUCCGCGACCUUAGGAAAAUGUGUGAAAUUUUGGGCGUGAACCCAUGGAUUGAGGUGGACGGUGGUGUCACUCCAAAGAAUGCUUACAAGGUUACUGAGGCUGGAGCUAAUGCUCUCGUCGCUGGAUCUGCAGUCUUCGGAGCCAAAGACUACGCUAAGGCUAUCAGCGGUAUCAAGACAAGCAAGAGACCUCAGGAAACGUCCGUGGCAGUUUAGAUUAUACUAUCAAAGAUUACUACGUAUUGAGACAUUUGAGGUCUUUAUGGAAAACGCCAGUUCUAGAUCGGCCGACAAACCUAGAAUAUUGCAAAUUUUAGGUUUCAUAGACAUGGAGUCAGCAGUGCUAGUUUGUUUGAGAUAAUACGGUGUAUUUUUAGUCUAGAAUAGGUACCAAUCAUUAUUUUCUUCUGCCCACUUCUGUAUUUUCUCACCUUUUCCCUGUAAUAAUGUGAAAACUUAUACUCAAUCUCAUCACAUUCAAUAUUC